AUGCCUGUCCAUCAGUGUCUUGCUCCCUCUCUCCCGACGCCGCCCUUUCCCACCAGUCUUUUCGUUCUCGGUUUUGUAGCUGCCGCUGUAGGCCAGGUCUCCUACGUCUGGGGCCACCUCUUUCGCGGCUCACUGAUUCACGAACCGCAAAAUCCACCGGUCCAUCAAAGGCCAUUCCAGUGGACCCACUUCACGAGACCCCACUGGGAAGCGCCGUUCACCGCUGGUGGUGCGCGACGUUUCGGUGGCGCUGGAGUCGACGAAAAGCUUGCGGGGGAGUCCUCGAGCGAUUCUAGCUCGAUCUCGUUCCUAUCAGAAGCUGCAACACCGUCCACGUCUUCCUCCCCAGCCUCGGAAUCGGUUGAAGAGCUCCUGCACUCACUUGCUCUCGGCUACAAUGGGAAGUGGAUGACCGAUGAUGACAGGGAGAGCAAGCUAUUACUGGCUCAGUUCAUUUCGCAGAUGCCUCCUCCCGGCGGUCCGCUCGUUGCCGCGGAUUCUCCAGGUCGUUUGUUGGACUAUGCCAUCCCCGACAACGUCGUGGUGACCAUCGACCCAAUUCCAGGCGAGGGUUUCGGCGAUGGCAACUCCCAGAGCUACUUGAAGAAAAAGACACUCGGCGUCGGCAGUUUCAAUGCCGUGGCGAGCGCCAUCCCCGUUCCAACUCCUGUGAUCCCCUCGCCGCUGCUGCGGCCUCGGCCUGGGUUAGCUCCUGCUCGAUCGCGCAAGAUGGCGCAAACAGUCGCGGCUGCAGUACAGCGCCAUAUGUUGGACAGAUCGUUGGCUUCCGCAUCGAAGGAACCUGAGGAGAGUCCCGAGUCUGGAGAAGUCGCCCUCCGAUUCCCGAUGGUCAGACGUAUUUACGAUGAGUUGGAUGUGGAAUCCGCUAUUCUUUCUGCAGUACAGGACUCCCGGAUCUUACUAAGCAAGUUCCCGUCUGGCAUCACGAUUAGCGAUUUACUCCACAUCUAUGGAAUUGUCCUUCCGCAGACGAUAGGUCAGGUUCGCGGAAAAGCGUCUCGGCUUGCGCGGGUCGGGCAUUACGUUUUGAUGAACUUGGUGCAGGUCCUUCCGAGAAUGGAGACAGAUCUCUUCGUUGCGAUGUCUUACACAGCUUCAUCGCGGUUCUUCGAGUAUAGUUUCAAGCGCGUGAUUCAGCUGGGAGCUUACUUGGGUGCGAUGGGUCUUGUGCACCAUGACCUUAAGCGUGAGAAUAUCCUUGUCGACAAGGCGGGACAGCUGUACCUGGCGGAUUUCGACAGUGCGAUGCGCGCUGGUGAAAUGAUUGAGUGCCGAAAGGUGCCUACCCCGGAUCUGGCCCCACCAGAAGUGGUGAAGUGCAUGUGGGAUGCGCCAUCCGGGAACGUAGCUUCGCAUCCGAGCAUGGAUGCGUGGAAGAUCGGCAUGUUGGCCUGGGACAUGGUAUGCUUCAGUGCGCCGUUCCCAGGCAUGGGCACUUCAUCGCGCAACGUCAAGAGAGCACUGGAAGUCCUCUACGCGCUGUCCACGUCCGAAGAAUCAAAUACUAGAGCCUUAGACUGGGAAAGAUGCCGCGGUGAGCCCUCUGCAGAGAUCAAGGAGCUGAUUGAAGCUCUGCUAGACAGAAAUCCAGCCACCCGGUCAACGGCCUUGGAUCUCUUCCUAACAGCUACCAUCUUUGAAGAUGCGCGAGCAACGGCGCAUUCGACACCCGUGUAG